AUGGUCUAUGAAAUUGUAUACUUUGAUCACUAUGGAAGAGUUGAUCUUGUUAAAUUGAUCGCCGAGGUUGCUAAUAUUCCUUACAAGUUUGUUGGAAUUGCGGAUAAGGAUUGGAAAGAUUUUCAACCAACCACUCGUUACGGAUUGUUACCUUUCGUGAAAAUCAAUGACAAAUGGACUCUCUAUCAAAGCAUUGCCAUUUCUCGUUUCUUUGCUCAGGAAGGAGAAGGUCACUUGUACCCAUCCGAUCGAGUGGAAGCAACCAUCACUGAGGAAUAUGUUGCUGCUUUGGAAGAUGCUUAUAAUCAAUUUGUAUAUGCAACGUUCCUUGCUCCAGAAGACAGAAAGGAGGAAGAAACCAAGAGACUCACCGAAGGAGUGUUGACGAGUGUCUUUAAGGUGUUGAAUGCUGAAUUGGAGAAAAAUGGAGGAUAUUUGCUUCCUGGAGGUAAACUCACUUGGGCUGAUUUGUAUUUUGUUGAGUUUGCUAGUAACUUGAGUUACUACACCAAAAUUGAUCCUGUUAAAUUCGCUCCUCAAAUUCCAAAGCUCAGAGAAAAUGUAUUGAAACAUCCAAGAGCAAAAGCUUAUUUGGAAAGUGAGAGAAAUCUCAGAAAGAGUGUGUUUUAA